AAGUCGAAAAACCAGGAAUUUACUGCAUGGCGUUCCGGAAUAACUCUUAAAACGGCUCUUGGAACUCCGUCUGGACCCUGAGAAGCAUGGCAAGCAUAGGAAAGACAAGGAUGGCCACGGAGAAGGCGACGGGAGUUAAAAUUCGCAUGGAAGCGCUGAAAAAAAGGGAAGGAGAAGCUAAAUCCGCCAUGCGGGUAGGAGUAAAGAUGGCGGCAAAAACGGCUCCGCAGCUUUUGGCUUCUAAACUGCUGUGCAAGAAACCAAACUUGUCGACGAACGUGUCGACAAACAUUUGCACGAACACAACAACAAGCAUGACAUCAAACAUUUCUACGACAAAAGAGAGAGAGAAGACUGACGCGGUUUGUGUGGCUUCCGUGAGUACGAAAAACGGAAGUAACCGCAAAAUCAUCGUUAACAAGUAUUAUGAGGGGCAUAAAGGCCCAUACUUUGUUUGUAUCGACAAAAUGAGUGCGAAUAAUGCCAGAAUUGCUAUAAACCAGUUUGAUCUAUCCGAUCUGCUGCUGAAACAGGGCAUUAGCGAUAUCGAGGAGGUUGCUAGAAUGGGCUAUGGCAGGUGCAAGAUUGUGUGCGGGUCGGCGGAGUGUGCAAACGGGCUAGUGGAAAACAGUGUUUUCGCUGCUCAAGGGUACUCAACCCGAAUCUUUAGGCACUUCGUCCAAAAAGCAGGGUUAAUUUUUGGGAUCCCCGGGCACUACUCGGAGGAACAGCUAGCGGAGCUUGUAACCUCGGAUAUCCCAAUUGAGGAGAUAGUUCGGAUUACGCGAAGGGAUAGAGCAUCGGGGGAACGUGUACCUACUGGCAGGGUGAAACUCUGGUUCAGAGGAGAGCAGUUACCAACCAAAAUCAAUUUUCUAUAUUCUAAAGUAGAAGUGAAACCUUUUGUUCAGCUUAUUCAAUGUUUCAGGUGUUUUAGGUUUGGCCAUCUGGCGCAACAUUGCAAGAGUGGAGCGAAAUGUUUCAAAUGCGGACAAGAUCACAGCAAAGAUAUUAUCUGCUCAGGGCUGGUCUGUGCUAACUGCAAGGGGGAACAUGCUGCCACCCACCCGCAGUGUGAGGCCAGAAAAAGCGUACGCCAUUCAAAAGUGUAUGACACUGGAAAACCUAACUAGAGCUGAGGUCAAGGCUAGAUAUCCGAUCCUUUUUGAUAGAACUUCCCCCAACCUAAGGGAUCAAGGGGAAGACCCAGUUGGCAAUCUAACCGCUCCCCUGAAUUCUUAAAUAACAGCUUAGAGUCCGCCAGGGAAAUUCAUUCUGUCACCUCUUUCGCGGAAGUGACAAAAUCCAAUAGGGUUGCCGCCCGGAACGCAGAGGCGGCCAAGGCAGCAGCCAACAUGGCAGAGUGGAAGAACUCAAUAAACUCAGACUACGUCCAAAUGAGCGAGAUAUUUGUGAGAUCUUCAUACGUGGCAUAGGAGCCAAACUCACAGCGUUCCUGAUUGAUCCAAACAACAUCAUUAAAGGGGAUUCUUUAGCGAAUAAAAUUAUUAAGGAAAUUAGAGAAUUUGUCAAUGCUUCCAACGCAGAACUAGAUAGGCGUCAGAUUGCCCAAGGGAUGGCAGUUGGUUCUCAAAACAUCCAACAAUGAAGAUUCUUCAGCUAAAUAUUCAAAGUCUGACACACAACAACAACAAACAGCUCCUCUCAAUGUUCCUAGACAAGAACGCAAUAGAUAUUGCCAUCCUCUCAGAGAUUUGGGUGUUGAACAACGCGGACUGCAGCAUUUUAGACUAUAACUUUUUCUGCAGGCCCAGAGAGGACGGCUACGGCGGGGUUGGCAUCUACGUCAGGAAAAACAUUCAAUUCAGCAUUUUAAAAAUAGAGAACGACAAUAAUUUUGAAAUAGAAACCUCAAGAGCAAUUUCAAUAUUUUUAGCAUAUAUGCACCGCCAUCAACAACAGUUUCACAGUUUAAAUCGGGCACAAAAAAGUUUUUCGAAUUCGCGGCUUCGCUUGACAUACCCUCAAUAGUGGGCGGGGACUUCAACGCUAGGUCUUCUAUCUGGGGAAGUCCGAUCUGUGAUCGCAAGGGUCGCAGCAUUGAGAAUUCCACCCGGGAGGCCGGAUUUAUCUGCCUAAACGACGGUUCGCCAACCUUCUCCAGGAGCCCAUCUCAAUUCUCCGUUCUUGACCUUUCUUUUUCGAACUACAGAAAUGGAACUAUUAACUGGCAAGUCCCAAUUGUAUUAUCAGUGCAAGGCCUAAAUGCCCCCCUCCAAGGCAAGAAGAUCCUUCACAACAGAAUAGCCCGGAUUCUGGGUGCAAGUGAUUUCUCAAAUCUGGAGGAGCUCAAUGAAAAAGUGAAAUCCCUGACCUUAAAAAACACGGUCACAUUCCCAAGCAAGAACAAGUACGUUGCUAAGAAAUGGUGGAACGAGGAAACGGAAAAACUUUUUCGCGUGAGAAACGCUUGCAGGCAAAAAUUCUACCUCACCAAAAAAUUGGCUGAUGCCAGAGCAACCUUAGAA